CUUCUGCACUUCUCAGGUGUGGGGUGAAUCAGUUUGGUACUGGGACCUCUGGGAAUGCUGCUACUGGGAACUGGAAGACUGAAACAAUCCUCGUGUUCACAGGGGCAAUUUGGUCCCCUCGGGUCAGGAAGAAACCCAAGGCUGGUGGGAGGAAGAGGCCGCAGCACAGGAGGGACAGGACGGACGGCACAGACGGACGCCAGCGUGAGGCUGGGCAGCCACUGGGACUCGGACCUGUGCGCUCCACCGGGAUGAGGAGUGCCUGGCCCAUCCUCUGCCUCCAGCUGUGGCUGUGGGUGCAGAGCUCUGCCCAGGAGCUCGACCCCAGUGGCAGGAACGUCUGCAGGCUCCCUGCUGGCCCCGCGUGCUGCCCCGGCUGGAAGCAGGAAGGGCGGGAGUGCACAGUUGCGCUGUGCGAGGGGGAGGAUGCCUGUGGGGCAGACGAGGUGUGCGUGAAACCUGGGCUUUGCCUCUGCAAACCCGGCUUCUUUGGAGCAGACUGCAAUUCCCCCUGCCCCGAGCAGUACUGGGGCCCCGACUGCAAGCGGAGCUGCCCGUGCCACCCCAACGGGAGCUGCGACCCCGCGAGUGGGCACUGCACCUGCAACCCCGACCACUGGGGAGAGCUCUGCCAGUUCCCCUGCCAGUGCGGCCCCCGCAGCCGCUGCGACCCCCUCACCGGCGCCUGCCGCUGCGAGCCGGGCUGGUGGUCACCUACCUGCAAGAAGCAAUGCCAGUGUAACCCCGGCAGCUCCCAGUGCUACCCGCUCACCGGCCAAUGCCGCUGCCUGCCGGGCUGGUGGGGCAGGAGAUGCAGCUUCAAAUGCUCCUGCAACCUCUCGCCCUGCGCCCAGGAGACGGGCAAGUGCGAGUGCAAGGCUGGGUUUUGGGGGCCGGCGUGCCAGCGGCGCUGCGACUGCGUGCACGGCUCCUGCAGCCCCGUCAGCGGGCACUGCACCUGCAGUCCUGGCUACCAGGGCAGGAGCUGCCGGGAUCCCUGUCCGGCGGGGAAAUACGGCUCUCAAUGCGUGCACAGCUGCGGGAGCUGCAAGCUCAGCCAGCCCUGCUCACCCGUGGACGGCUUCUGCCUGGCCUGCCAGCCCGGCUGGAACGGGACCCUCUGCAAGGAGCCCUGUGCGCCCGGCUUCCAUGGCGAGGACUGCCUCCAGCUGUGUCCUCGCUGCCGGCACGGAGAGGUCUGUGACCCAGAAACAGGGUUCUGUACGCACUGUGAGCCUGGCUGGAUGGGACCCAGCUGCAACAUCUCCUGCCCCACGGGCACCUUCGGCGACGGAUGCCAGCUCCUCUGCCCCGAGUGUGUUGUGGGGAGCUGCGACCCCGUGUCCGGAGCGUGCAUCUGCCAGGAGGGCUACUGGGGAGCCAGCUGCAAUGACACCUGCCCGGAGGGGUAUUUUGGAGUGAACUGUUCCUCACCUUGCCAGUGUUCCUGGGGGACCUGCCACCCUGCACGGGGUGACUGCGUGUUGAGUCUUAAGGACCACGGGGCUCUUGCAGCCGCCAUCCUCAUCCCUCUCCUGCUGCUGCUGCUCUGCGUCGCCUGCUGCUGCUGCGGAGCCGGCCCAGCAGAUGCUAGAGACAGAGCGGCCGUGCCGGAUGAUGAUGUUCUGGCCAGGAUGAAGCACCACGUGCAGGGGGUGCUGGCGAACCUCAGCGCUAUGAUGCCUUGCUUUUCCUUGGGUGGCUCCAAACUUCCCAAAGUCACAGUUUCCCACCAUGACAUGGAAAUCCCCUUCAAUCCCAGCUUCAUUGAGCCACCGUCAGCUGCGUGGGUCUCAGACAGCUCCUUCUCCUCCUUCGACACUGACAACGAGGGACCCGAGUACUCCGUCCCACCCAGAGAAGGCAUCCCGCUGCUAGGGGGGGCUGAGCUGCAGGAUGGGGCAUCCCCCCCUGGCGAGGCGCUUCCAGACCCAUCUGCCUUUGACUCCGAGGAUGUCUCACAGCCCUUUGCCAUCCCGCGCACCUCCAGCAUUGCCAAGGCCAAGCGGCCCUCCGUGUCCUUUGCUGAAGGGACAAAAUUUGGGGCAGCAGAGACCCCCAGCCCUGGGCGGAAGCCCAAGACCCCUUGGGGUGCAUCCAAGCUGUCCCAACCACCAGGGGACAUGACAGCUGAGACCCCCGCUGAACGACCAGCCAGCAAUUGCUACGAGAGCCCCGAGGCCCUCGGCAACGGCGAGGAAAGCCACCGGCCGUCACCACGGGCCACCCCAGGGGGACGCCGGAGAGUGGUCUCUGGCACCAGGCACGUGGCCCAGAGAGUGGAGGCGCUUGAAGCGGCCGCAAAAUCCAGCAGUUGGGAGGCGAAGGGGAAGGACCCCCAUGUCACCACCAUCUACAUGAUGGUGGGAACGGCCGGGCAAGAUCCCAAGUCAGAGGGUGGUGGUGAAGGACCAGUUCAGGCUGUGCUCAAGAGGCUGAGCAGCUUGCAGAGGGGCAAGUGGGCUGGAAAGGAGGAGCCCAAGGUGAGAAGGAGCAUCGAGGCCAUACAGAAGGAGGAAUCUAAGGUGAGAAGGAGUGUUGAGGCCAUCCAAGAGGAAGCCAAGGUGAGGAGGGGCAUUGAAGCCAUCCAGAAGCAGGAGUCCAAGGUGAGGAAGAGUGUUGAGGCCAUACAGAAACCACCCCGACGGGCCCUGGCACAGUGCAGAGACUCAGUGAAUAGCUGCAAGCAGAGAGAGAGUGUCCCAGGGGCUCCUGCUGAGCCAACCCCUGGCAAGCACCAGCAUCUCCCUGGGAAGAGACAGUCCUUUGUUCUUGCAUCUUCCUCACCAAGAAGCACCGGGGCCCAGGAUGGAGCCAGCGAUGCCAUAGGCGCCAUGGAGAGCGGCAAAACCUCUGAGUCAGUCUUCAGCCUUGAAACGAAGGGACAGGCUGCCCCGGAGGAAGAGCCAAAAUACGAGAACGUGAUGAGCAGCAGCGCCGAUUCGCCCGCUGAGGAGCCGACGGCCACCCCCGCGGCCACCUGAGCCCCCACCGCCCGGGCUGGGGCAGCGGGAGCACAGGAGGUCCCCCUGAGCCCAGCGUGGGGGGAGCCAAGAUCCCUCUCUACGCUGUGAACUGCAGGAGCAUCGAAUCUUCCCAUUGACCCCCUUUCUUCCAUGAAGCGUUGCUGGUGUGGACCCUCACUGGCUGGCACGGCCAGCACGGUGGGUGAUGCUGAGGGUCACAGCCUCGCCAGGCUGAGGUGUUCCAGGGCUGCUUUCUGCUCCCCCUGCUCUAUGUGUCCCAUUUAUUGUCUGCUGCAGCCCAGGGGGACAGCAUGGAUGCAGCGGUGGCACCUUCCAGUCCCUAUCGGCAUCGGCCCUGGGGCCACAACCCUCCGCCAAAACAGGAGUGUGGAGCUGGGGGCUCAGCUGGGAGGGCAAAAAACAGGUUCUUCACCCCACUGGCUUUCAUCUUCCCCUAUCCCAGCUCCGAUAAUGCUGCUCGGAGCCUCUUGCUGUAAAGGUGCUUCUUGCUGGAGGGGAUAGUUGUGGAGCUGGGCUGGGGAGAGACGAUGGGCUGUCGCAAGCAGCUUCAGUGAAAAUUAAUAUCAGCUGCUUAUCUCGCAGGGUAUCUGGGUCUGCAGGGGCUUAUCUGCGUGGCUCUGGCUUCCGUGGCAGGCUCUAGCCGCCUUCAUUUCUAUGUACAUGCAGAGCACAUGGAAAGGCUCGUGGCAUGGGGUUUAUCAUCAGCCUUUUAAACUCUACCUGAUACCAAACUGCAGUUGUGCAAGAGCAAACGUGGCAGCGGGGCCGUGACCAUCAACCUGUGCACCCGGCGCUGCACCUGCCCUAAUAAGGAUGAAAGCUGCCCAGAAAAUGGCAUUUCAGUGGAUGCCCUGAGCUCCUGCCACCUCCUCUCUCCUUCCUGCGGCAGCAUCGUGGCACCGCGAGGGGCCGAGAUGCGAUGAAGGUGCUGCAGCAUCUCCAGCCCAGCCAGGAGAGAUGGGCACGAGGGCUCUGCUGCCCGGGCAAGGCGGUUGGGAUGCAGAAGUGAGUUUGCAGCAUGAACUGCUUUUAGAUGUAUCUAAGCACUAGAAGUUUCUUGUCUCUUUUUUUUUCUGUUAUUUCGCAUGACUUGAAAGCCUCUGAAUGAGAAUUAA